AUGAGACGCGUCCGUUUCUUUAUAAUUGAUGCUGUUCAUCUUCUCAACAUAAACUUUCAACCCAUGGCACUUUCAAGUUUGGAAAAGAAGAGACAGGAGAAUAUCAGGAGAAAUAAGGAGCUAUUGUCAAAAUUAGACCUAGAUGCUCUUUCCAGUGGUAUUUCUCGUGAUAUUGAAAAAUCAAGCUCCCCACAACCAGUUAAAAAAAGAAAGGUAGUAAAGCCAAAAACAGAAGCCAAGAAAGAGGUUGAACCAUCAAGAAGAUCCCGACGUUUAGCUGGCAUUCAAUCAGAACUAGAGAACCCAGAAGAAGCGGCAAAAAUCAGAGAGGAAGAAGAGGCAAAAGAACGUCGAAAGAGGGAAUAUGAAGCAUUGAAAAGAACCAAGCUCUUUGGAGACUUUCAUUUGAUUGAUCUAAUCACGGAUCGUAAAAGCGGUGACAUGAUAUUUGAGGACAAGGUGAGGAAGAGCACAGACCAUGAUACUUCUGAGAAAAAGGUUGAAGAUCGUAUACUUUCACAAGAAAAUGAAACAUUGCAAUUGAUUCAAUCACUCGGCGGUAAGUUUUCUGCCGGUGACUUUUAUGAGGAGAUAAAGAAGAAGGGGGUAAAUAGUGAUACUUCAAUUGACUCAAAAAGGAAGGAGUUUGAUUCGAAGCGAAUCUUUCACAGGUUUGAUCCCUUAGAUGUGAAGUUAGCACAUUAUAGAAUUACUGCGAUGAUGUUUCAUCCAUCAACUACCGAUCGUGUUAUUGCAGCUGGUGAUACCAAUGGUAACUUGGGUAUUUGGGCCCCGGAUGCGUCUUCAGAUGAACCAACAACUACGAUUUUACGGCCACAUGGUAAGAAUAUAUCGAAAAUCUUGACACCAGCCAACGAAUUGCAAAAAUUGUAUUCCGCGUCGUAUGACGGCAGCGUCAGAUCACUAGAUCUCAACAAGUUGGCAACUACAGAAACUGUUUACUUGAGUGAUGAAGGUACAUCUUUGGGUGUCAGUGAUAUUAACUUGGUCCGUGAGGAUCCAAAUUUAAUGUAUAUGACCACACUUGAUGGUUUAUUUUACAGACAUGAUUUAAGAACUAAGCCAAAGGCCCAAAUAGACUAUCUCAGGUUGCAUGACAAAAAAAUAGGAGGCUUCGCCAUUAACCCCAACAAUUCUUACCAAAUGGCUACAGCUUCAUUAGACAGAACACUAAGAUUAUGGGAUUUGAGAAAGAUUGGCGAACUGGAUUAUUCUGAAUUUGGGGACCAUAAAAGCCCUCACAUGUAUGGGAACUACAGUUCUCGUCUAUCGGUCUCCUGCGUUGAUUGGAACAUUGACAACCAUUUGGUUUGUAAUGGUUAUGACGAUCAAAUUUGUAUAUUCAAUUAUAAUGAUGAACCAAAGAUUACUGAUUGGAAGUCUGACUACAUGCCCAACUUCAAAGCUAGCAAACAAAACAACGCUGAUGAAAUCAUUUUACCCAAUAAUCUUCGUCCAAUGAAUAAAAUCAGACACAAUUGUCAGACAGGACGAUGGGUUUCUAUCUUAAAGUCAAGGUGGCAAGAGAACCCACAAGAUGGCAUGCAAAAGUUUAUCAUUGCAAACAUGAAUCGUGGUAUGGAUGUCUACGAUCAAAAGGGUAAUAUCUUGGCUCACUUGAGUGACCAAAUUGGCGCAGUACCUGCUGUUUGUAUACUCCACCCCACACAAAACUGGGCGGUGGGAGGAAGUGCUAGUGGUAAAAUCUAUUUGAUAGAGUAG